CAAGGUGUUCGCGGAUUUUUUUCAAGAGAUUCUUCUAUUAUCUCAUUCAAAAUGGCAUACGCGGGACAUACAAUUGUUUUAUUAUCGUUUUUUAUGGUCACUGUUACGAGCGUUCCGCUUCGCACCAAUUAUAAGAAACAUGUAUAUAUGUAUGAUCACCUCCCCACAGCACGAUAUCUUCAUCAAAUUAUGCCUCUCCAUAUAAGGCAAAAUAGAGCCAAUUAUAUCUCGGAAAGAGCUCGUGUAAAGGAUAUGAAAGUACACAAAAUCGAACAAAAUGAGUUCAAAGAUAAUGCAUUUUUAGGAUCUAAUAUUAAACAUGUUAGAAUUGAAGGAGAUAAGUAUAAUUUACAAAAAAGUUACGAUGAUAAAUCGGAUAGCGAAGGAGGAAAAGAAAGUGGACAAAGCUUGCACGAUCAAGUAUUUAGUCUCCAAGACACGCACGAAGAUAAACGUAAAACCGUGAUAAUUAUUAAGAAAAUUGCGGUACCAUAUCCUGUAGAGAAGACCAUUCGAUAUCCUGUAGUGAAGAAAAUAUUAUAUCCGGUAAAAGUACCGGUUCCGCAACCGUACGCGAUUGAAAAGAAAAUACCGUAUUUGAAGAGGGUUAUCGUAAAAGUACCUGUUAAGAUACCGAAACCAGUACCAGUUGUAAAAGAAAUUCCGUAUCCGGUUCAAGUACCGAUAGAUCGUCCUGUUCCUGUCAAGGUGUACGUACCGAAACCGUAUCCAGUUGAACGAAAGAUACAUUACGAGGUGAAAAUCCCAGUACUAAAUCCGUUCCCUAUAGAACGAAAGAUUCCUGUGCCGGUAAAAGUUCCAGUACACGUACCUCAACCCUAUCCGGUCGAAAAAAUCGUUCAUUAUCCUGUAAAGAUUACAGUAGACAAACCAGUACCUGUUCCGGUACCCAAACCAUAUCCGGUACCGGUCGCUAAACCAAUUCCGUAUCCUGUCGAGAAACCGAUACCGAUACCCGUCAAAGUUAAGGUGGAAAGGUUAGUACCGGUUCCGGUGGACAAGCCGGUACCGUUUAAAGUAAAGGUUCCGGUACCAGUACCGUAUCCGAUCGUAAAAAAGAUACCGUACACCGUAGAGAAAUUCGUACCGGUGCCGGUAAAGAUACCGGUCGAGAGGCCGAUACCGAUUCACGUGACCAAGCCGGUCGAGUAUCACAUUGAAAAGCCGGUUCCAUAUCCGGUUAAAGUACCGGUCGCGGUGCCAAUAGACGAGCACAAGAAAUAUGAAACUGAAAACGUCAAUUCUAAGGAAUACAGUCAUUCGGAAGAAUAAGUCAUUCAAUAUACAAAAGUUGUAAUAAAAUAGCGCUGAUGAGGCUUCGUAGUUUGACCUGUUCUUGCCGAAUUGAUUCCAAAAUAGAAUGUGAUUAACAGAUAGGAUUUAUAUAAGCAUUUUUAUAUACAUACUAUUA